CCAGACAGACGUUGAGAGAACGAGGAGGAAGGAGAGAAAAUGGCGUCCACGGAUUACAGUACCUACAGCCAAGCUGCAGCCCAGCAGGGCUACAGUGCUUACACCGCCCAGCCCACUCAAGGAUAUGCACAGACCACGCAGGCAUAUGGGCAGCAAAGUUAUGGAACCUAUGGACAGCCCACUGAUGUCAGCUAUACCCAGGCUCAGACCACUGCUACCUAUGGGCAGACAGCCUAUGCGACUUCUUAUGGACAGCCUCCCACAGGUUAUACUACUCCAGCUGCCCCCCAGGCCUACAGUCAGCCUGUCCAGGGGUAUGGCACUGGUGCUUAUGAUACCACCACUGCUACGGUCACUACCACCCAGGCCUCCUAUGCAGCUCAGUCUGCGUAUGGCACGCAGCCUGCUUACUCAGCCUAUGGGCAACAGCCGGCAACCACUGCACCUGCAAGACCACAGGAUGGUAACAAACCCGCUGAGACCAGUCAACCUCAAUCCAGCACGGGGGGUUACAACCAGCCCAGCCUGGGAUAUGGACAGAGUAACUACAGUUAUCCCCAGGUACCUGGGAGCUACCCCAUGCAGCCAGUCACGGCACCACCAUCCUAUCCUCCUACCAGGUCAGUCUCUUUGCUUCUGCUUCCUUGGGUGAUCUGUGUUAUCUGAUUCCCAGUGAUAAGC